GAUAAAACAUUCCUUUUUUAUUAUUAUGAGUUUUUUUAUUGACUUUCAAAGAGAAAUUUGCUUGCAGAAUGUGUCAAGUAGAUAAAAUUCCAAAACAAAAAAACUUUAAUUUAUUUUAGUUUAAAAGUAAUAUGGCUGAAAAUAUUGAUAAAGUGAAGUAUGACGUAAAUGAUUCAGAGAAAUUAAAUGAUCUAACAUGCGAGCAAACAGACACAUUAGGCAAUUUAAAAAAGGAAGAAAAAAAGGAAAGUAAUUUAAAUUUAGAUGAGUUGACAGACGAGUAUCAUUAUCUUAAAUCUGGAGAGUAUACAUCUGAGAUAUUUAAAGUAGUUGUACACAACAUUCCUGAUAAAAUCUCAUUUGGUAGAUUUCGUGAAACUGUUAUUAAAGUGCUUGGUUUUACUCCUCACAAGACAAAAUACCAUAAAAAUCAAGAUUACGCAUUCCUUGCUUUAAAAAAUGAAGAGGAACGUCAGGUUGCGCUAGAAAAGUUGAACAACUUCAAAUGGAAAAACAAAGUGUUGACAGUUAAGAAAGCUGCCCCAUCUGGUGAUCCAUUAGUUAUAGAAAGAAAACGAAAAGCUGCAGAUGCUUCAAGAGAUAGUUCAUCAAAAAAAAGUAAAGUUGAUGAAGAUGAAAUUUCAUUUGAUGAGAGAAUAUUUCAUGUCGUUUGUCCAUAUUGGAAUUAUACAUAUGAAGAACAAAUUAAGUUAAAAGAAAAGAACAUUACUGAUAUUAUCAAAAAACUAACAAAGUCCUUAAAGAAUGAUAAAAAUGUUGAUUGUAGUUGGUUGCCAAGUAAAGAGAAUCUAUGCUUAGAAAUUCUUCCAAUAAUAAAAUCGCCCGUAACAUCACAUUAUCGUAACAAAGUUGAAUUUACAAUUGGAAAAGGUCCUGAUGGUGUAGAUAAUAUGGUUGGCUUUCGAUUAGGUUCUUAUAAAGCUGGGAGUUUAAUAAUAGUUGAACCAACUAAGUGUGCUAAUUGUUCCUGUGAAGCUAUUGCCAUUGCAAAAGAUUUUUCAGAAUUUCUACGAACUUUACCAUAUUCUUCAUUUUGUGUAUCAACUCAUGUAGGACUCUGGCAACAAUUAACUGUGCGAACUUCAAGCAGUAGUGACAUUAUGGCAAUAAUACAACUCAAUCCUCAAGCAAUUUGUAAAAAGGAAGAAUAUGAUGAGUUAAUUUUGAAAUUACGUAAACAUUUUACUGGAGAGUUUCGUUCCGUUAAAGUUACAUCUCUUUAUAUUUCAUCCUCAUCUCAAAAAAACAACAACAUUGACACUUUUAAGCUAAUUUAUGGAUCUGAGCAUAUCACUGAAUCCUUGUUAGGUUUAAACUUUAGGAUAUCUGUUGAUGCAUUUUUUCAAGUUAACAAACCAGCAGCCGAGAUACUAUACAAGACAAUAUCUGAAUGGUGUGAAACUUCUCUUAAUGAUGCAUUAAUUCUUGACCUUUGUUGUGGUACAGGAACUAUUGGUAUAUGCAUUGCUAAAAAUAAAAGAUUACCAGUUGUUGGCAUUGAAAUUUGUAUUCAAGCUGUUCAAGAUGCUAACUUCAACUCUGCAGCCAAUGGUGUUACAAAUGCAAAAUUUAUUUGUGGAGCAGCAGAAAAGGUUCUUCAUAAUGAAAUUAACAGAAUUAAUGCAAAAAAUAUUAUUGCUAUUGUUGACCCUCCAAGGGCAGGCUUGCACAAAGAUGUACUUAAAUGCCUUCGAUCUUGUGCAGCCAUCAAAAAGAUUAUAUUUGUUUCUUGUAGUCCAAAACAAGCUGCAGACAACUUAAUAUUCUUAUGUCAAAAACAAAGCAAGAGGCGUGCUGGAAAACCAUUUAAAACAAAACGUGCAGUACCCAUUGAUUUAUUUCCAAUGACUCCUCAUUGUGAAUUAAUAGUUGAACUAGAAAGAGUAAAUGAUACUUCUAGCAUAAACAAGUUACAGAAUCCAACACUUACGAAUGAUUCAAAAGUCAAAUCUGAUUUAGGUAAUGAUAAAAUACCAGCAGGUAUGAAUGCAGAUAAUGCGGUCAGUGUUUCAAUGGAAUUAAACGUAUUAGAGUGUGGUGUUUCUGAAGAGAUUAAGACAUGUUCUAUUAUCAACACUGUUGUAUAAAUACAUUUUAAUCUUUUUUGAA